AUGUCGGACGACGACAAAGAUUUUGACGAGCUGCAGUCCGAUAUUGAGGAAGAGGUUGAUCCUGCCACCUUUCACGUCGGCUCUCGUCUGGACCCGCCUCAAGCUCGACUUUAUACUACUCAGGAUUUGCAUACCUUGAUUCACGAGGGGGUCAUUGAUCUUUGUCCUCCGUAUCAGAGAGAUGUCGUUUGGACGGAACCCAAACAAAUGAAGCUAUUAGACUCCAUAUAUCGUAAUUUCUAUGUUCCGCCUGUCGUAUUUGCAGUAUAUGAAGAAGAUGGAGAGGAGAAGUUCUUUGACGGUCAGAAGAGUACAAGACUAGAGGUGCCGUUACAUAUGAAGGUAGAUUUUCAAGGAAAACAUAUUACUUGCGUCGAAUACCGUAAUCUCCCGAAAGGGUUCGAGCGCGACAUCUUCCAAAGGGUUCAGCUAGGUAUGCCCCUCACAGCGGCUGAAAAACUGCAGGCCAUUUCUUCUCCAUGGGCAGAAUGGAUUACGAUGCUCGACACGCGGUAUGUUGGUAGUGACGGUGGCAUAACAAGCUGUAUCGAUGUCGACAUGAAGCGUGGAAGGGACUUUCAGACACUUGCACAAUUAGUUUAUUGCUGCUACAAUUUUCCAGACCAAACUGUACCAACUCCUCAGAAGAUGGAAGGGUGGUUGACAUCGAUGGACCCACCAUCCGCAACGUUCAAGCAAGAGAUCAACGACGUACUCACAGAAUUUUGCCAUCUUGCAAACACGCGCCACCUGAAUACAGCAUUCUCCAAGAUCCCGAAGCGCGUUGCGCCCGUCGAAUUUGUCUUUUGUGGAGUGGUACUCUAUGCCAUGAAUGGCUGCAGCCAUGAAGAUCGCGCAGAGGAACUUUAUAAUAUGCGUAUUCAUGUGCGGAAACGCUUCCCAGAUAUUCGCUCGCGAGGUGACAUCAUCAAAUGUCUAUGGGAGUUCGUGUACGAUGUUAUAGAGCGCCAAGAAACUGGUCGGUAUGACGCCGAUAAGAAAGACGGGAAGAAGCGCAAAAAAGUGCAGUCAGGGGAAGAUGAUUAUGAUUAUGACCCCGUACUAGUUCCUGCACCAGCGACGAAGCGAUCAAAAGGGAAGGCGCGAUGA